CGAGCUUCAGUGCGAUCUAGAUAGAGUUCGCUGAGUGAGACGGAGAGGUGCACGAACAGGUGUCGGGUCGGUCGGUCGACGGUCGGUCAGCUUUUUUAAUACCGUGUCAGGUGAAUCAUCCACUGGUCCGCUGCAGUUUUUUCUUCGUUAUUUAUUCACGAGUCGAGGGCAGCAACCCCUUAAAUUUCUGCAUCCCUCCUCGCCUUUCUUCGCUUCGCAAGCAGCUAGAGGGAGAACGCGCCACAAAAUCCUCUCGGCGCUCGCCGUGCGUAUUCACCGCUCUCGCGGAGGCAAACGCUCGCUCGCUCUCCCAAUGCGAAGGUGCAAUUAAACUGAAUGCAUGGGUUCACGCCAGGAGAAUUUUCAACUCUGACAGAUCACCUUUCUUGCUCAGGAAUGACUCAUGACAAUUGUGUUGCGACCGAAACGUAGACAAUAUGAGGUGCUUUGUUUGGAAAAAGUCGCAGAGCUUCCUCUGCAAAAUCGUUCUCCUCGACGAGCAAGAGCUGAUUCAGGAAAUUAAUGACUCGACCUCGGGCCAAGAACUUUUAGACACGGUCUUUCGGCAUCUGAAUCUUUUAGAGACUGCAUAUUUCGGACUGCGCUACCUGGACCCCUCAAAUCAGCCGCACUGGUUGGACGUGAACAAAAAAGUAGCGAAACAGUUGAAAGGCUCAGAUCUCUUUACGCUUUACUUUGGUGUCAAGUUUUACGCGGUCGACCCGUGCAAGCUGCUCGAAGAAAUCACAAGGUAUCAGUUCUUCCUGCAAGUAAAACAAGACAUUCUCCAAGGUAGAUUGCCUGUGACGUUUGACUUGGCAACUGAACUUGGCGCCUAUGUCAUCCAAUCUGAGCUCGGUGAUUUUGAUCCGCGGCGUCAUUCCCACGGAUAUGUGUCCGAAUUUCAAUUGGUCUCUAAUCAAACGUUCGAGCUGGAGAGCAGAAUAUCGGAUCUACACAAGGGUUUAAUUGGACAAAUUCCAGCAGUCGCCGAGUUGAAUUACUUGGAAAAAGUCAAAUGUUUGGAUAUGUACGGUGUGGAUCUUCAUCCAGUGCUGGGUGAAGACAAUGUUGAGUACUUUCUUGGACUCACGCCUAGUGGAAUAAUAGUGCUUAGAAAUAAAACCAAAGUGGGCAAUUAUUUAUGGCCCAGGAUUACCAAAGUUUACUUCAAAGUGAGAUACUUCAUGCUGCGGGUGUGCGAUAAAAAUAACGAAGAAACAACGUACGGUUUUGAGACUCCCUCUAAGCAAGCGUGCAAACAUUUGUGGAAGUGCUGUGUCGAGCAUCAUGCCUUCUUUAGACUUUUGCAAGUAACGCCGGCCUCUUCAGAUAAUUUAUUCUCGUCCAGAUUUAGAUACAGUGGCCGGACGGAAAAGCAAGCGCAGUUGGACGCGCAAAUGAGAAUCAGGAGCCCGCCCCAAUUUUCCCGAACCCCUAGCAGAAGACACCAAAGAAGAGUCGUCGAGGGAGCUCAAGAAUGUCCGAAAAUCGUCGAUGAAAACUUGAAGCAGGAAAUGAUGCUCCUCAAUACCAAAAUUAUUUCGAUACCACAACCUGUUUGUGCACCUGAAAUGCACAGCACCUCCAUGCCCAACGGGUCAGACUCGCCCAAGUCGACGAGAAGCGCGCCAUGGACCAAACCAAGAGGACUAUACACUGGAUCUGCGAGUCCCAGGUCGGUGCGUUCUGCGGGCCACAGACCCAUGUUCCAAAACUACCACCGACGCUCGGACAGCGUUGAAAGUCAAACGUCGAUCGACAAAGAAGUCAAAAGGCACAGGAGAAGGAGCAAAAGAGGCUCAGACAAUGAAAGUGAGCACUCAAAGACCUCAGGUCGUUCCCACCGUCACCGGCACCGCAGAGAAUCUGACACGGAGAACGACAGUCAUAGGCACUCCCGCCGGCACAGCAGCAGCAGACACAGGCAUAGUAGUAACUACGAACUGGUCGAUUCGGAAGAAAUGUGGAGGAAGGUGCAGCGGCAGCUGGAUGAGAGCCGCGCGCAAAUUCAUCAAGCCACCGUUAUCAGGGAUUUGGGCUCCACCAGGCAUGCCGCCUACUCAAACGCGAUAGACACUACUUCUGAACCGGCGUACAAUCUUCACAAGAGGAAACAUAGGAAACACAGGUCGAGGUCUCCCUCCAGUAGAAAUGCGGCGUUGCCGGAGGAAAUAAAGCGGCAGCUUGAGUUCGACCUGGUGGACACAGAAGGCAUGCCGGAGGACAGGCUGCGCGAGAUCGAUUACAAAGUGGUGGAAACGAGGUCAAAAUCAUUAAAACCCAAGAUUUCCGCAGCCACGAAUAAGCACCGCCAUCGCUCGCCGCGGAGCGUGAAUGGCAUGGGCAAAGAACAGCCACCUGACAAUGGUGACAGUCCUCCUCCCCCAUACUCUCCCCCUCAGAAUGCAAAUAGCAAUGGUUCGGAGGAGAAUGUGCGAUUAAAUAGCGGUCUUUCCUUCUCUCUGGCAUGCGACUCUGACAAUGUUAUUAACAACAAUUCCGCUCCAAGACUGGAUGCCGACGAAAACUACAGCUUGCCGCCGUACGAAACCUCUUACAGACCCCCAUACCUCAAUUCUUCCAUAAAUUAUAACGCACCCAGUUCACUCAGCUUGCCGAACGGCAACUUGAAAAUAGGAGCAAGGCAGCAACACAACAGUCUCGACAACAACUUCAACCCGGCCGCGGACGUGAACAGCUCUUAUAGACUCGACGACAACGCGAGAUAUCGACAGAGCCCAAUGUCAAACGUCAGUAAUGCACAGCCGUCGCACUCGCGCUUGAAUAUUCUCCGCACUCACGCGGCAAAUUCCCCAUCGUUUCUGCCCUCACCUGUUGGCCCUUACCUCCCUCAUGUGUCGCUGUAUGAAAAAAAUCAAUAUGCAAAGCCGGCACCACGCAGUCCAGAGAGUGUACGCAGCACCCGGUCCACCCCUGCGUCUGUGUGGAUGCGACCCAAACAGCACAUGAAAGAGGCAACAUAUGUCAAGACCGCCGACCAGAAAAUCGAGCCUGAUGACCGCAGCCCCUCCCUCGACCGGUGCUCCAGAAACCGCUCUUCCAGCCUGGAACUCGUGCUGUCGCCCCUGAUCCAAAGUACCAAAGACCACUACAGCAACCAGCAGUUUGAUUCGCAGACCCCUGCUCGAAGUAUAAAAGACAUGGGCCCGCAGUCAUCCGCCGCGCGAUCCUUUGACGGCCCCAGCAAAUUGAUGCCAAAACCCAACAAGCCCGACUUAUCCCACGAGAUGAGCACAGAACUCUAAAUCUUCGCUGUAUUUAUUGUUACACUCAAUCAAACUUCUACCAAUUACCUAGAGCCGGUGUUUUUACUACUUCAGAUAAAAAGUUUCUAAAAUGAGAAGCAAUUAAUGUGUGAUUUUUAUAAUCUAUGUGUAACUUUGUUUUUUAAGGAACUUUAAAUAUAUUUGUCUCUUUUGCUGUCUUUUGGCAAGAGCUAUUUAUUCAAAGAAAACUUUUGACUCAAAAGUUGAUGUGGAUUUUUCUGAAAGCAUUUAAAAAUUCUAUAACAUGUAUGCUAAUAAUUUUAAGUUUUGAUGUAAACCUUUAACUUUUGGCACGUUGUAGAGAAGCGACCCGACUUUUUGUAGCACUCGCGCAACGAUAUUAUAACGAUGAAUUACUCUGAGAUUCUAUAUCAUUCUACGAUUCUUGUGUUCAUGUGCGAGAGAAAAGCUGCGACGUGUGGGGUUGAAAAAUAAACACGACCACUUUUUAAAGCAACAUUUCAUAA